GAUUGCUUUCCUUCUCUGCUCCUUUACCAUUUCCACUUUCGCGAAUCUUCAGUAAAACAUAAAGCACUACAACAAACAUCCCAAAUAUCACCACGAUGAAAUGGUUUCACAUCCCCGAAGAAAAACGCCAAGGUCCAGCCCGUAGCUAUUACCGCGGUCUCUGCACCGUCACCACAGCCUCCAUCAUCGUAAUCCUAUUCAUCCUCAUAUCCCUCGUGUGCCAAUUCCCCGGCAAAAACAACUCGAUCCUCGACAUCGAAACCCCAAGUAUCACCUACAAAAUCUACAUCUACCAAUACUGCGUAUCGAGCGGCCACGAAAAUGACAGCGGAGUCGAUCAAAACCCCAACGCAAGAGAUGGAUUGGGCUGCCAUCUAGACCUUAACCCCCUCGGCUACAUCGUCGCCACAACCAACAUGCAAGCAGAACCCAGCGAUCUCGCCGCUUUCUACGCCUUAAUGACGGCGGCAUUCGCUUUCUACUACGUAGGCUGUCACGUCGUCGUUCUCACUAUAUAUCUCUGGUGGCGUUGGUUUAUGCGUCACUUUGACCCCCAAGAUAAAGUGCCCAAGAAAAGUUUCACCAAUCUGAUGCUCGCGUGCUUUAUCGGACUAAUCAUCUUUUGCAUCCCCGCCUCCUGCCUAACCCACGCCUCCUAUCUCAGCAGCGGGAUAUCCACCCCCGGAGCCCCAAAAUCCUAUUCCAAAAUCGGGAAUCUGUACAUACUAUUCGUGCAUUCUCUCUGGCUCUGGUAUCUCGCCUCUCUCCUGGUCAUCUUUCUCCUCCGCAGAAAAGAGUAUCCCCCGCCGCCCAGAGCGAAGCAGGAAAAGGAAGAAGACACGGAAUCGGUUUCGGGUACAUCGAUGCCAGGUUCAUAUUUUCCAGGCUCGGAAUCUGCGGGGUCGACGCUUCGUCCGGUGCAAUUUGGAGAGGAGGCUAAUGGAUGGCGUCAAUAUUGACGAGGGGGAGCUCCCUUCACAUAUACAUGUAUACAUAGACCUUUUUCUUCUUUUUUUCUUCUUAUCUCGAUGAGUAGAAUAUAAACAACCCUAUAUUCACAAUACAUGCCCAACGCAUAAACCACAAAUCCCUCUAUCUUCACACAAGUGAACGAUAUAAGUGACAGCAAACAACCCAUGUCCAAGUCACAACCACAACAACUCAUGAAAUUAUGAAUUCAUUGCCAUACUCAAGCUUGAAAAGUCGAGUAUCAUCAAUUCAUAAAUCCAUCAACUACUUAACUCCACAAUCACACUCACACUCACACUCACACUCACACUCACACUAACCCUCCACAAUCCUCUCCACAGCACCCUCAUAUCAUAUCAUAUCAAAUCAUAUUAUACCAUCCCAUUCCAUCCCCAAACCUCAAUAUAUCCAUCUCACCA